CUAACGUCAAAUUGCAGUCCUCAUCAACGAUUAUCUGAAAAUCGGACAUAGAUUAGUAGUGAUUAUAGAAGGCGUAUAUUAUAUACCGAUUCUGUAUUCCUCCUUGAGGAAAGCAGCUUAUCCUUUAUUAUUGCGUGUAGUUGCGAAUGAAUCUUUUUAUACUUUGUAGUUAAGUGUGCAGUGAUUCAUCGGAUUUCAUUUUAUACGUUUCGAUAAUUUUAUUAAAUGCCGUGAUACAGGUGUAGUCAAGAUGAGCAAAAUGUCUAAGAAUAAAUUAAACUUGACCCUUCCACCAGGGUCUAUAGACACAGCUCCGGCUAUAACACCGUCUAAUAUGACCCCACAACUGAAAUCUGCAACUGCAACUGAACGGCAGGGUUUAGCUGGGAAGUCUAAAACUAGCAUUGAAGCACUCACCGAAAGACUGGAACAAAUAGAAAUGGAUGAUAACCAGAGACGUAGAAUAGAAGUAUUUCUUUGUCAAAAGGAAAAGAUCGGAGAGCUCAGCGAUGAUGAUUUUGAAAAAUUAGGAGAACUAGGUCAAGGUAAUGGAGGUGUAGUUAUGAAAGUCCGACAUAAGUCUACUGGACUUAUAAUGGCAAGGAAAUUAAUACAUCUGGAAGUGAAGCCAGCUAUCAAGAAACAGAUCAUUAGAGAGCUAAAGGUGCUUCAUGAAUGCAAUUUUGCUCACAUUGUGGGCUUCUAUGGAGCUUUCUAUAGUGACGGGGAAAUAUCGAUUUGUAUGGAAUAUAUGGACGGCGGUUCCUUAGAUUUGAUAUUGAAAAAAGCUGGACGAAUUCCAGAGUCCAUUUUAGGAACCAUAACAUCAGCUGUCCUCAAAGGUUUGAGUUAUUUGCGUGACAAGCACGCUAUAAUGCACCGUGAUGUGAAACCGUCCAAUAUAUUGGUGAAUAGUAAUGGUGAGAUAAAGAUAUGUGACUUUGGUGUGUCCGGCCAGCUCAUUGAUUCUAUGGCAAAUUCAUUUGUUGGUACUAGGAGCUACAUGUCGCCGGAACGUCUUCAAGGUACCCAUUAUUCGGUGCAAUCUGAUAUAUGGUCAUUGGGUUUGUCGCUCGUCGAAAUGGCCAUUGGCAUGUAUCCAAUCCCACCACCGGAUGCCAAAACAUUGGCCGCCAUUUUCGGUGGUCAAAACGAAGAUCACUCACCGGGACAGGCUCCAAACUCGCCUCGUCCGAUGGCUAUAUUCGAAUUACUCGACUACAUAGUCAACGAGCCGCCACCAAAAUUACCAUCAGGAAUAUUCUCUGACGACUUCAAAGAUUUCGUUGAUCGCUGCCUCAAGAAGAAUCCGGACGAGAGGGCUGAUCUUAAAACGCUCAUGAACCACGAGUGGAUCCGUAUGGCGGAUGCUCACGCGGCGGACAUAGCGGGCUGGGUGUGUCGUACCAUGGACCUGGCGCCCUCUACACCUAACUCUAACGUGUCUCCUUUUUCUUCAUAAGCUGCAAGAAGUGCAUACUUUCAUCAGCGAAAAAGGGUCAAAACAUUUCCCAAGAGAAAGCAAGCGAGACAAUUAGUGAGGAUGGCGCGGAAUAGCGCCGCAACAGUCAACUCUAACCAUUACUGGAGAUGUGAUUCAUCGAGUUAUUCAUUUGCAUACAAAAUGUACUAAGACUUUGGUUCGAAUAUUUUGAAGCAAACUUUUAUUCUCAGACAUGUUUAUUCUGAUAUUAAUCCAACACGCUCUUAAUAGAUUUCAUAUGAUAUUCAAUUAUUUUUAAAAUACCCUAAAUUAUGUUGUACUGAAUCAUGUCUCCGUUCAAUUAACCUAUCAUUGUAAAAUUAAACCUUUGGUAUAUAUAUAUAUAUAAAGAAAUCGAAUUUUUUGAUUUUAGAAAUUGGCUAAUUAAGGUUUCCUAGGGAGUACAGAUAUUAAUUUUUGGGAUCGAUUUAUCUGACACGUUGAAAACAUCGUUGUUUCUGAUACGUAUACAGGUUAUAUGAUAUCGAGAAACAUAUUAAUGUAACGAACAGUGUCGUAGGUGAUACUACAUAGUGCAUGGGACGAACUAGUCGAGUUAAAAGAAUACAGAUCGAUUAAUGGUCAUGUAGAGUUGAUUUCACUAGUCGCAAGUCGAAAAAAAAAACGUUCGUAGUGUUUUGACAUAUUUUUCUUUGCUGAAAGUGCGUAAUUCAUGUCAGCUGAUACACGUUAUUCGGAUAGUAGAUGCGUACGCAUCCCAGUGAUGGAAUACUCAAAUGGCUGCGCACGCGCAGGCAUGGGAGCGUUCCAUUGCUAGUAUUGAACCUGUAAAAUAGAACACUUUUUAGAUUACACAUUUAAAAAAAAUAUAUAAAAAAAAAAUGCAAAAAAUAUUGUAGUAAUCUGUUAUAUAUAAUUAUUGGACGUGAUGCACUUAUAUUUUUGGUUUUGUUUGUACGCUUUUUUCAGUUGUCCCUUUCAAAGCACCUAGAGUAGGCACGCUACUGCAAUGUUUGAAACGUGUGAUUGAUGCUAUAUAAUAUCGCUUCCAUUCAUUGCUGUGGUUAAUGUAUAAAAUGCACCUUAUUCCCCGUCGUUUUAUGAUCGUUUUUCGCUUGGCGGUAAUUUCGUUUAUUUGGCCGAUCUUCCUCUUGUAGUGUAGUGUUUGGUGAUUAUUUUUUUUAUAUGCAUGCUAGUUUGUGAAGUGUUUUGGCUUUUGUGCAUUUAUAUGAAGGCUAUUAAAGUUAUGGCUGUUUUAUAAUUAGAUUUAUUUUUUUUAAUUAUAUAUUAAAAUAUAUUUCGCUUAUUGGUGUAUUCCAAAACUCACGAUUAUCAUUGUAAACGAUAUAUUACGUGUAUGAUUUUUUUUAUAUUGUAUUAUAUUCUUUUUCAGUUAAAAAGUCGUGAAGGCAAUAUAAUUAUUGCACAUAUGUAUGAGACGUUCUUAUGAAAUUAUUUUAUAUUAAUGUUAAGACGUUUUAAAUGUAUAUAUUGUGAUUUGUGAUUUACUUUAAUGUAGUGGACGCACCAUCAACGUUUGAUGUUCAUAUAUAAUUUAACUUAAAGAAACAUAUGAUUGGAAACUAAAUUUUAAAACAGAAUUGACGUUCGGGUAAACGAUUUUUUUAUUACUUCGUUUCCACAACUUAGACAUACAAGAUAGCAUAGUUUCACUUAAAUAGGAACAGUUGUAUAAUAAUAUUGAGUCAAAAGUUGAUGGUUAGCCUAAUUAAGAACAAACUGAUCAUGUCUUAUGUAUGUAUAAAUGUGUUUAUGUAAAUUCUUUCUAGACUGUACGACAAUGCAUUUAUAAUUAUAAUAAAAUAUAUAUAUAGUGAGACAUCGUUUUUAAUUAAGUUACACGAAUAGGUAAUUGAAUAAGGUUUUAAUGGAUUGAUUUGUAUUUUAUGUGUGACUGAAAAGAAAAUGCAAAAAAAAAAAUUCAAAUUUAGAAUAUUAUUUACUUAUUUCUGUUACUUUUUCUACAUAUAAUAAUAAAAUAUACGUAAUCUCAACACCUUUUAUGGCCUAGCAUUGCAUCCAUAUGUAUUUUUCAUAUUUGCUUAAUUAUUAUAAAAACUUUUACAUCUUCGUGUUAUAUCUAUUGUAGGAGAAAUUGAGCAACUUUAAAAAAAUAUAUCACUUUGUAUCCUUUGAUCGGUAUUAUUUUAUAGCUAGUAACUUUAUUAGGUUAGUAUUAUAUAAAUAAAUGUUAAUCAAAUAUA